UCCUGUGCUGUACUCGGUCCUUUACACUGCAAACUACGACCGCGACCGAUACGCACUCGUCCGACACACCGUCUACGUUUAUAUACACAUAACCAGGUUACUGCACCACGCCGCGGUCCACCGCGCUUUUCGAACACCGUUCUUGAGACGCUUUUCCGACGACGAUUUCGUUCUCUCGUUUCUGCGUCGACAAGUUUGUCGUCUGUCGACCGUUUUAAAGAGUAUAUUAACACGACGACCACGACCACGACAAUGUGCGGAACGGCCAGCCACAAGUCGGAACACGGACACGGUCAUCCGCACCACUUGUUCAGAGUGCCGACGGCCCACGUAGCCGCGUACGAGUAUUUGGUCAAAGAGAACAAGACGAGCGACCCGAAGAAACCCGGCGACACCCUGACCGCCUUCAGCAGAAGCACCUUCGACAAGUGCUCGUCGUUCUUCGGAGAGUUAAAGAAUUCGCCGGCUUACAAGGUAUUGUUCUUCACGCAACCGGCGCACGUGAUAAUGGCGUUGGCCGUCAUUCUGGUGGCCGCGUCCAUGUUGCCCGGCGACAUGAAGAAAGCGUCGAACGCCAACGGUGAAAGCGCCAAGCCCAGGACUUUCGUCAACUUCGUCUAUCUGGCCGCUUUCUGCACGCACGUGGGCGCCCAGUUCUGGAUGACAUUCAUUUCCGGGUUGAGCUUGUACUUCAACUUGGCCAGACACGCUUUCGGUGACGUCCAAAAGAUUCUGUUUCCUAAAUACUUUUCGCUAAACAGUCUGCUAAGCGCCAUCACACUCAUCCAAUUCGGCAAGAUGCACGUCGCUGCCAACGUGUGGGACGUACACACGUAUUUACAGUUGUUCGUGUUGAGCUUGUGCUUCCUGCUGGAACUGAUGAUCCGGCUGUACGUGGUGCCGCCACUGUUGCGACUCAUCACCGUCAAGACGGCAAUCGAGAAGUCUGCGGGCGUCGGCAACGAAGUGGGCCACUACGACCUGGGCCCGCUGGUCGACUGCCCGCACUACAUGGCCAUCCACAAGGCUUUCCGGCAGGUGCAUCUGUUCGUGGGCAUCGGUAACGUGGUCACCAUGAUGUGCACUGCCUUCCACUUGGCGUACAUCGCGGCCUAAAUGCCUUCACCGCCGCCGCCGCAGCCGCAGCCGCAGCAGCAGCAGCAGAACGACCGGAAGUCUUCCCCCCCCCACAAAAAACCCACUCGCCGCGCAUUAUUAUUAAUAUUAUUUAUAUGAUAUAAUAUAUAUAUAUUAACAAUAGUAAAAUGUGUGUUACAGUGACGGCGCCAAAUGUCCGUUGUGCGUCGCCCGAUAACGUAUAGUGUCAUCACGACACACUAUAUCAUUGAUUAAUUAAUAUACUUGAUCAAUGACACCAUAGUAUCGUUUGCAGCGCCGCCACUGUAACGCAUAUAUAAUAAUAGUAUAUAAUUAUAUUUUAUACUAUAAUACUACAAAUUAUGCCUACUAGCAAUAUUACUACCACUGCUACUACUACUACUACUUCUAGUUACUACUACUAUAACUACUACUAUAUAUAUAUAUAUAUAUUAUAUCUAUUGCACGCGUUGCCGUGCGCUCAUAUAACAUACAUUAUGUUUUCAAUAAUUGCUAUAUAUACCUACCUUUAUAUACACGGGGUCAUCCAUAACUUAACUGGCUUUUCGUUUUUUUUUUUCCACCGCCGUUCCGUAUAUCCCUCUAUAUAGUACAGUAGAAAAGUGGUUAUUUUGCUUUACGCGAACGACAGCGAAAAUAAAUACAUUUUACAACAAUUUAAUGCAUAUUAUAAAUAGGUGACGAUGAUAAUAUAUUAAUAUAUAUAUUAUACUAUUAUUAUUAUCAUUAUUAUUAUUAUUAUUAUUAUAUUCACGCGUUCACAAGCGUCACAUGAUAUGAUAAUAUAUACCCAUUUCAGUAUAACGUAAUGCACCAAAAUAAUGCGAUAAGUAUAUUAUAAAUUUAAUUAAAUAAUGUCGCCGGCAACUAAUCAACCAAAGUAUGCGUGCACAUAGGCGUAAAUAUGGAAUAAAAAUCUUGAGGGGAGGAGCCUCCUAGAAAUAUCAAUUAACUCGUAUUAAAUACUUUCGAGGAUAUAAGUUGGGAAAGGUUUGGGGGCUUCAGAAAUUUUUCGGGGGGUCCCUCCCCCAUUUACACGUCCACGUUUAGCGAGGGCGCGUGUUACCAUGAUGGCGCGGUGCCCGGCAAAAGAGAAAAAUAAAUCGCGGGCGGCUCGCCGUUUUCACAUGUUUUUCUUUUCAAUAGACACGCCAAUUGUUAUAUAAAUAAUAAACGUACACCUAUUAUUAUUUAUAUAAUUUUCUCUCUCGGCCUUUGCAAAUUUUCGUACACAAUAAUAUACUACUAUACUAUAUACAGGCACACGCCACGCCGGACUUGCGACUCGUAUAUUAAUAUAGCACAACACUGGACGACGCACAAAUGAUAAUAACAACAAUAAAAAUAAUAAUAAUAAUAAUAAUAAUAAUACGCACAGGUCGGAUAUUUUCAAAACUCAUUAUAUCGUUCAAACACGUAUGCUGCGUAGUGGCCCGCGGCGGGCCAAAAACGAAUUGAAUUCACAACAACAUUAUAAUAUUAUAAUAUUUAAUAAUAACAUCAUAAAAUAUUUAAUACGCACUGCACCGUGCACGCAACGUAUAACAAUAAUAUUAUAAUAUGAUAUUAUUAAUCGUGUACGCAGUCGUAUUUAUCGAACGGUUCCUUUUUUAUACCGCGUUCGUUCGCAUAUAUAGGUAUAUAUAAUAAUAUGUUUUAGUAAUAAAUAAUCUGAGUGCGCGAAACUCGUCAAGAAAGACUGCAGUGUAAUUUUUUUUUAAAACGUAAUCUCUAUUUUAUUAUUAUCCACGCGUCUUGUGAGCAGAUCGAGAUAUUAACUUUUAUAAGUGAUUUUUUUUUUUAUAACAUAUUUUAUUUUUUCUUAGUUCCUAUAUUUAUUGUUGCAAACGUCUAUAUAGUUGUACGUAAUAUAUAUAUAUAUAUAUUGUAACACAAUAAAAUAAAUAUAUUGUUAUUUAUUACAAUA